GGGACGGCGGCACGAGACGCGCCCAUCCCCCGCCCGGCGGCGCCCCCGCCCCGCUCCGCCGCCUCCCGUCCUGCCCGGCCCGCCCGUCCCGUCCUGUUCUCCGCUCGCCUCCCGCGCUGCGGCGGCGCCCCCGGCCGCGGCCAUGCUGGCGGAGCAAGAGAACCAGGAGAACGUGCCCCCGGGCGGCAAAGCGCCGCCGCCCGCCGGCACCCGCGUGGCGCUGGGGCUGCUGCGGGGCGCCCAGCAGCGGCCCGGGCUCCCGGCGCAGGCGGCGCGGAGCGGCUGCGAGGGCCAUGGCGCGGCGGCGCGGGCGGCCGGCGGGCAGCAGCAGCAGCAGCAGCAGCCGCCCUUCGCCAUCCAUGUGGACGAGCCGGACGGGGAGCGGCGGCGCGGCCCGGCGCUGCGCAAGGACGAGGAGGCGCUGGGGCUGCGAGCGGCCGUCUGCGCCAUGGGAGACCGGCGGCCCCUGGCCCCCCUGGGCAACGCCAUGGACGUGAGCUUCGAUUCUCCGAGUAUUAUGGAUAUUUCAUUAACCUCAGAAGCAGAAGAGAGAAAACCAAAUGUUAACAACGUGCCGGACUAUAUCAGCGAUAUCCAUACGUACCUUAGGGAAAUGGAGGUGAAAUGCAAGCCUAAAGUGGGUUACAUGAAGAAGCAACCUGACAUCACUAACAGCAUGCGGGCUAUUCUUGUGGACUGGCUGGUGGAAGUUGGCGAAGAAUACAAAUUACAGAAUGAAACCCUGCACUUAGCUGUAAAUUACAUUGAUAGGUUUCUUUCCUCAAUGUCUGUUUUGAGAGGAAAACUUCAGCUUGUGGGCACUGCGGCUAUGCUGCUUGCAUCAAAGUUCGAAGAAAUCUACCCUCCUGAAGUAGCAGAGUUUGUCUACAUCACAGAUGACACCUAUACCAAGAAGCAAGUUCUGAGGAUGGAGCACUUAAUUUUGAAGGUUUUGUCUUUUGACUUGGCAGCUCCAACAAUCAACCAGUUCCUCACUCAGUAUUUCCUACAUCAGCAGACAAGCGCUAAAGUGGAGAGCUUAUCAAUGUACCUUGGGGAGCUCAGUCUAAUUGAUGCUGAUCCUUACCUGAAAUACUUGCCAUCAGUUAUUGCUGCUGCAGCGUUUCACCUAGCAGACUACACAAUCACUGGACAAACUUGGCCUGAAUCCCUGUGCAAAGUGACAGGCUAUACCCUUGAACACAUCAAGCCUUGCCUCAUGGACCUACACAGGACCUACCUCAAAGCAGCACAACACACACAACAGUCCAUAAGGGAAAAGUACAAGAGUACCAAGUACCAUGGAGUAUCGCUUAUUGAACCACCAGAGACACUAAACUUUUUGUAAUAAUCAAGAGACUGAUCUUUUUAAAAGAUGUAUAUUACAAGAAAAUGAUGUACAGUUUUAAACAUGGUUCAAAAUUCUAGAUGUGAUCACUCAGAAUAUUAAUACAGGAUUUGAUGAGCUUAAUUAUGGAGUUAGUUUUUAUGUGGUUUUAAUGUAAAUCUUUUGUACAUGCAAUCUUGUCAAAAUAUUUAGCUGGGUUUUAUAAAAAUGUUCUCUUCAAGCACAGAAUUAACCAUGCAGACCAAGUGAUGUCUGAGACUGCUUAUCUAAUUAUAGACUAAACAUUAAUAUUAGCAGUGCAUUAUUAUAGUAGGGCUUUUUUCCUCCUUCCAAGAGUGACUUGGACUCCACAACAGUAUCUGUAGCAUUUUUGUACUGUCUAGUUUAAACAGAGAGACUUAGCAUAGAUCUGAAAAGUGGCUCAAUGGCUAUAACACUGAGAGAAACUCUACAGCUCUGAGGAGAACACUUUGCUGGUACUGACUCUUGGGAGGCUCUUUAGGGAGUGCCAGUUACUGGCAGCCUGGAUUGCUAUGUCAUGUAGUACCAGAUCUCCAUCAGGUUAAAUGCUCCGCUGGUGAGACCGCAUGGCUGAGACUAGUAUACCAGUCCAUACUUCUAGUAUGUAGAAAAUGGUCUUGCUAUAGGUAUUUUCUAGUUGAAGUGUAAAACUGGUACUAAUUUAAGCCCAGGGUGUUCCCACUGAUGCACUGGCUGUCCUGAAAGCCCAUUGAUGCUCACUAAAAAAACGACAGCUACCAACCUGGUUACCCAGUACCUGUCUAGGGACAGUGGAGGGAUUAAACUGCAGGAGGGUGAACUGCUGCUCUGUGCCCUCGAGAACGAGGAACAUCUGGUGCCAGAUGCAUGAUGUGCAGAAUAGCACUAGUUCUGUAUGUCCCUCUCGCUUGGAAAGGGUUCCUCUGUGGCACACAGCAAACACAGACUAAACUGGUUGUCUUUUUCCUUAGUUCUAGAACUGUUACUUGAGCAAAUUAGCACAUUAUCAGCAUUAGGGUGAGUGGAUGCUUACAUUCAACCUGUAUAUAAAUGGAGUGAUGCUGCCCUGUACCUGCUGUUCUUUGCAUGUAAAGCAGCGAAUGCAUGGAAGUGGAUUUAAUUGAGCUAUGUCCAGGUUGGCUAAUAAAAACUUUUUACAUCUGCUGUUAAUGGUCUUGCCAAUACCUUAAAAACAGGGAGGGGUAGUACUACCAUGCAUCCAUUUCUAAAGCUUUUUGGCAAGGGCUACCCUGUGAAACCUGUGCCACUUUAGCUUGAAGUUGAUUCAACACUGUCUGGUUAUCUGGACACCUAGCAGGUAGUGUAUAAACUCUUCACAGAUGUGGAGCAGCUGCUGUUAUGGUGUGGGCUAUUUAAAAUAAAUUUUGUAAAAGUCUGCCAAGCUGACAAGCAACUAUUAUAGUGCUAUGAGACAAUUCACACAUCUUGACACAAUAACUGAAACCCUGCUCUUGAGUCUGAGCCUUCUGUGAACCAGCUGACAAAGCUGAUAAAGUGGUGGUGCCUUAUCCAGUCAAGAUGAAAGUGUGCAACACAGGCUCCUGCUUUUAUUGGCCAAACUGAGCUUCUUUUUAAGAUGCACUUUGACUUUUGUAUGUGUUCUAAUGUAUUUCAUUGGUCUAGCAUGUUCUCCAAUAGCCUUUGUUUAGCUUAAUUUCAGGAGCUUGCCACUGGCCACUGAAAAGCUGAAACUAGUUGAGGAAAAAACUGCAAUGUCUAUCAUGUCUGGUGCUUAGCAUUGGAAAGGCUCUAACCUCCCAGGAGAGGGAGCUGGUAUAUACAGGAAUGUGUUUGCUGGAUGCAACAUCAGUUUGUAACUUUGGAAAGGCAACUUAAAGUGCUGCCUGGCAAUAAUUCUUUGAAGACACAGAGCACAGUGCUGAGAAACUGGGUUCUGCCUUCCCCUUGUUUUCUGUGACAUAUACUGGAAACUUUCAAGAUCACUCAGAAAUAUCAACACUGGAAGAGGAAUGAAUUCAAGGAAGCUCAUCAAUUAUUUUUCCCAGAAAAGACCAAGCCAGCAGUACCACUUCCGUGGUUUUAUAGUAUCAAUUUACUGCUUAAUGAAAUGUCUUUUUGCUUUAUUUUCAAUGGGAGUUGUUCAGUUACCGUUCCUAGAGCCCAGAUAAAAAUCCUCCCUUGCUUCCUGAGCUUUGCUUUCAAUAUACUUGAUAAGACUUCCUGUGUAGCAUAAAAAGAAUGCUUCAGUCAUGGGCUGGUAUCUCUGCCCAGGACGACUGUGUCCCUCAUGGCCAGCUCUUGCUGGAAACAGCAUCAUCUCUUUCCAUCUUUUCAUUUCCUGAAGUCAGUAUGGGAUUAUUCUAGGUCUUGCUACUAAGUCUUGAAUAAAAUAACCCAGGUUGUACUGUACUACUGUUUUGCCUAUCCAGUUUAACUUCUAGCCUUUCAAAAUAAAGCAUUUAAGGAGCACAGGGUAGGAGAUGUCACGUUUGAAGAGAAAGCGCAGUGCAAAGAAUACUGUUCUUUUUUUCCUGAAGAAGUUUAAGGUUUUGUUGGACUGCAAAAGUAAGAAGAAACUGAAUCUUCAUUCUCAUACUCCUGACAGUGACUUUGGGCUGGAAGAACUGACACUAAGAAAUUGCCCUGGUUUAGCUCCUGGAAGAAUGGGGCUUUCAGUGUUUGUCCUUUUCUGAAAGAGCACAACUUGAUUAAAGCUUGCUCUGGCUGUGAGCAAUUUUUUUUAAUAUUAAAUUUUAAACUGGGUUCGGGGAAUGUAUUAUCUGCAACAGUAAUUUAUCUCUUGUUCACAUUUCAUGAAAUACUAACGUCACAUGUAAAAUAGUCCUCCUUUGCUCCUGUAAAUAUGUGCAUGUUUCCACUUUGUUCCCAAGUAAAGCAGCCAGGUCAAGUAUUUUGGAAACCUCAUCUCUUUGUUUUGCCCAGUUCUCGAUUCAGAACGUAAUUCAUUGAAAAUGGCUCAAGAAGCAUUCCUAUUUGUUGCAUGUAAUAAUUAAUUAAACUUUUAAAAAAACUCCA